AUGAAAGGGCUGGGCCCCGCCCGUGGCCGCUUCCUGUCUGACUCCUGUGACCUGCCGGGGGGGCCCCAGGAGCCGCUGUACCCCCUCUACCCUCACCCCUCCUACCUCCUCAGCCCCACCCUGGACCCCUAUGGCACCCUGGACCCCCACUUCUUCCCCCCGCCCUCUAGUCCCACCUCCUUGCCCCCGGAGAGCCUGCUGUCCCUGACCGGGCAGCUGAACAGCACCCCCUACCCAUGUCUGCCCUACAGCACGCUGGAGCCGGGGCCCCCCGCGGGGGUGGGGGGCGGGGGGAUUGGGGGGGGCGUAUCCGGCCCCCCUCUCUCCAUGGGAACAGGGCCGGGGCUGGGCGUUACCAGCGGCUCAGCCACCCUCUCUGGGGGCGGGAAGACGAGCCGGCUGGGUGGGGCUGGGGUUCAGCGCGAGGGCUUCAGCACGCUGCAGUUCCCGCGCGGGGGCAUGACCAAGCCGCGCAGCGAUAGCCCCGGCCGCAUCCGCCACCUGGUGCACUCCGUGCAGAAGCUCUUCGCCAAGUCGCAGUCGCUCGAGUGCUCCGCCAAGGCCGCCAACGUCAACGGGGCGCAGAGCGCCAAGACGCGCCGCAGGAGCAAGAGCAAGGACCGCGCCCAGACCCAGGGCCCCGCCCCCCGCCCGCGAUCCGGUCUGGCUGGCCUCUGGAGCUCCGAGGACAAGCUGGAACCCGCCCCCUCUGCCCAGCGCCCUCCCCCCGUCAUGAUGACGCUGGGCCGGGCGGUGUCCGAUGAGCAGGGACCCCCCCGAUACUUCCCCCAGGGCUACAACACCAUCGGGAGCAGCCGCGUGCUGAAGACCUCCCGGAGCAGCGGCGAGCUGAAGUGUGCACCCACCCUGUCGGGCCCCGGGGGCCAGGGGGUGGGCGGGGGGGCCAGGGGGGAGGGCAGCGAGCUUAAGCUGGUGAAACGCGACUCCUGGUCCACCCUCACGCUCAGCCAGGCCAGGCAGAUGUGCCAGAAAGGACUGGCCACUCUGGACAAAUCCCUCCUCAAGUCCAAGUCCUGCCACCAAGACCUGGCCUAUCCCAGCCUGCACCACUACCUGCAGGUUCCUAUCGGGGACUGGAGCAGCACAAUGGGCCCUUCUCGGGGCUCUACUGAGAUCCCGUGCCGCAGGAUGCGGAGCGGCAGCUACGUCAGGGCCAUGGGUGACCUGGAGGACAGCGAGGACUCGGAGGGGAGCCCCAAACCCUCCCCCAAAUCUGCUGCCCGCCGACAGAGCUACCAGAAGGCCACGCAGCACUCCCUGAGCGAACAGCUGCCCCCGCGCAAAAAUUCAAACUGCUGGGAUUUGGGGCUUCUGCAGGAGGACCUGGGGCCACUCUGGUCUCCGCUACAGAGCCUCACGUCUCUGCACCGGCUGGGCAGUUGCCUCCCUUCACUGAGCGAGCUCUCCACCAAUCGCAGCCUGGAUAACCUGGACAGCCUGGGCUGCAUUGAUGGACCAGGCCCCUCCCCCUUCCUGCCUGAUGGUCCAGGCCCCUCCCCCUUCCUCCCUGAUGGACCAGGCCCCUCCCCCUUCCUCCCUGAUGGACCAGGCCCCUCCCCCUUCCUGCCUGAUGGACCAGGCUCCUCCCCCUUCCUGCCUGAUGGUCCAGGCCCCUCUCCCUUCCUGCCUGAUGGGCCCGCCCCCUCCCCCUUCCUGCCUGAUGGCCCAGGCCCCUCCCCCUUCCAGCCCUGGGACCAGAUGGACUUCAGCCAGAGCUUUGGCACACUCAGCAGGACCAACCUCACUGGCCAGUCCCCCUGGUUCUACUGCCCCAUCCCCAGACCCCGCCUGGCUGAACCUGCUGGUGUGUGCUUCCAGGUGCCGGAGUUGUCGUACCGCGAGGCCAUCUGCGCGCUGCCGCCCAUGCCCCCGCUACCGCCGCUGCGGCCCCUGGAGCUGCCGCUGGCCAGCUGCUUCCGCUCCCGCAGCCAGAGCUACAUACGCGCCAUCCACGCCGGCUGCGCGCAGGAGGAGGAGGAGGACUGCCCACCACCCACCGUGCACACAUACAGCUCCACAACCACCUCCACCUGUAUAAGCACCUGUAAGAAGGCCCCGCCCCCGGUCCCGCCCCGCACCACCUCCAAACCCUUCAUCUCGGUGACGGUGCAGAGCAGCACCGAGUCGGCCCAGGACACCUACCUGGACACUCACCCCCACAAGGGCGAGUCCAACGGCCAAUCAGGGCACAGCAACUCAUCGGACUGCCUCACGGGGCCCCCCGCCCUCGCCCCUGCCGGGGACCCGCCCCAACAUGACAUCCUGAAGAUCAGCCCCCUCUCUGGCGCCCGGCCUGAGCCUCUGCCCAAGAGGAAGCUCUCCUCCAUCGGCAUACAGGUGGACUGCAACCCGCCUGAUCAGAAGCCAGACACGCCCCCCCUGACCAGGUUUCAGUCCAUCGGAGUUCAGGUGGAGGACGGCUGGCAGCAGAGUCGGCCCAGUAGCAUGGCCUCGAAGCAGGAGGCCGAUGCCAACACACAGGACCUCCCCCCCAUCCCCAAGACGGUCCCGAAAACCACCACCGUCAGCAGCGGGAGCCAGGCAACGGACCCCCCCACGCACCGUCACCAGGGCAACGGCGAGGGCCGCCCCCCCCGGCCGCUGACCAGCCGAACGAGCUCCGCCUCCUUCUCGCUAGACCCCGCCCUGGACCCCUCGUCCCUGCCCCCCCCCGAGCCCUGGCUGGAGAGUGGCCCCGCCCCCUCUGGCCCCGCCCCGGGGGCGUCGGCCUGUCGCCGUGACGGACACUGGUUCCUCAAGCUGCUGCAGGCCGAGACGGCACGAAUGGAGGGCUGGUGUCAGCAGAUGGAGCAAGAGACCAAAGAGAACCCUCUGACUGAGGAGGUUCUGGGGAAGAUCCGCAGCGCCAUGGGCAGUGCUCAGCUGCUCAUGUCUCAGAAGUUCCAGCAGUUUCGCGGCCUCUGCGACCAAAACUUGAAUCUCAGCGCGAACCCGCGACCCACGGCACAGGACCUGGCCGGGUUCUGGGACCUGUUGCAACUCUCCAUCGAGGACAUCAGCCUCAAGUUCGACGAGCUCUACCACCUCAAGUCCAACGACUGGAAACUGGCCGACUCCCCUGAGAAGAAGGAAGAGAAGAAGCAGCCCCCGCCAGUGCCAAAGAAGCCCUCGAAGGCCAAAAUGGCGGCGAGUCGGGAGAAGGCAGGGCUGCCGGACCCCUCGACGGACAAGCAGAGGCAGGAGGCGCGCAAACGGCUGAUGGCGGCCAAGCGGGCGGCGUCGGUGAGGCAGAACUCGGCCACUGAGAGCGCCGACAGCAUCGAGAUCUACGUCCCGGAGGCCCAGACUCGACUCUGA